GUUCCCCAGAUUAAUACCACCAAGCCCUCCAUACUCUCUAUCUAAACCACCUACACUCCACACCUCUUACAGACCACACACCAAGACAACAAAUCCACAAUGUCCGACCCUCAAUCCCCAUCCCCAACCCCAACCCCGAUACAACAAGAACAACAACAACAAAAACACCACCACCAAACCAAAUGGCUCCUCCUCGCCCUCUCCAGCGGCGCCUUCGCAGCCCUCAACGGCCUCUUCGCAAAGCUAACAACCGACACCGCAACCACCACCUUCGCCGCGCACCUCAUCCAUCUCUUCACAUCCACCUCCAGCCCAGAUGACCACCCCAUCCUAAUCCUCCUCAUCCGCGCGCUCUGCUUCGGCCUCAACAUCCUCAGCAACAUCAUCAUGUGGGCGUUAUUCACGCGCGCCCUGACGGCGGGGUCCUCCACGACGAAGGUGUCGAUUACGAACACCGCGGCGAAUUUCCUCGUUACGGCUGUGCUAGGUAUGGGGGUUUUUGGGGAGAGGGUGGGUGGCUGGUGGUGGGUUGGGGCCGGGUUGAUGGGCGUAGGGUGUGUUAUUGUGGGGAGGAGGGAUUGAUUUAGUAUAUUAUAUUGUUGGGGGAUGGUAAGGUGGAUAGUAUAGGGUGGUGUGUGUGUAUGUAUGUAUGUACAAUGUGUAUGUGUGUGGUGGGUGUGGUGUGGUAUCAAUGCUAUCUAUCUACUGCGUAUCUAUUCUUUGGGUGGGUAUGUGUGUGUUUGUGUUUAUCAUGAGAGAAGGGGAUGGGGGAGGGUUAACGCUCUUCUAACUCCAGCAUGGCGUCUGUCUCGUCUGCUUCAUUGGGAGCGGUAUCCGUCGCAUCUCGGUGCUGCUCGGGCACGGUGGGGUCUCGUCGUC